AUGCCAUUUGGCUUGAAAAACGUAGGAGCAACGUAUCAGAGGAUGGUGAACAAAGUCUUUCGUGGGCUAAUCGGAGGUGUCGUAGAAGUCUAUGUUGACGAUAUGGUGGUCAAGAGCGCCAGAGCCAAUGACCAUGUGGCCUGUUUCAUGAUCACGCAAAGGGGCAUCGAAGUGAACCCAGACAAAAUUCGGGCAAUCCUAGAAAUGAAAAGCCCCACCAGCAGGAAGGAGGUUCAGAGGCUGACGGGGUGGGUAGCGGCCUUAAAUCGUUUUAUGAGCCGGACGGCGGACAAAUGCUACCACUUCUUCAAAGCUAUAGGGGGCUCCUCCAAUUUUGAGUGGACCCAGGAAUGCGAAGAGUCUCUUAGGAACUUGAAGCAGUCAUUACAAGAGCCCCCGAUCUUGACCAGCCCAUCUCCUGGGGACGUGUUGUGUCUCUACUUGGCAGUAUCACCAAAGGCAGUCAGCGCGGUCCUGGUGAAAGAGUUCUCGAAGGCGCAAAAACUAGUCUACUAUGUGAGCCAAGUAUUGAGGGGUGCAGAAAUAAGAUACAGCCUGACUGAACAGCUGGUGUUUGCAUUGAUUGUCGCGGUCAGGAAAUUGAGGCCUUACUUUCAGUCUCACACGGUACAAGUAAUGACUGACCAACCUAUCAAGCAAAUUCUACAUCGGUCCGAGACCUCUGGGAGGUUGUUGAAAUGGGCCAUCGAGUUAAGCGAGUUUGAUAUCGAAUUCAGGCCAAGGACAGCUAUUAAGGUACAGGCUUUAGCAGACUUCAUCGUUGAACUCACCACCCCGCCCGAGCUCCCACCAGGGGAGCAGGCAGAUUGGAAAAUUUUUGUCGAUGGAUCUUCAAAUGACGAAAGAUCCUGGGCGGGGAUCAUAAUGAUAGGUCCGAAUGAGGAAGAGUUGGAAUACUCACUGCAUUUUGAAUUCCCUGCUACAAAUAACGAGGCCGAGUACGAAGCAGUAAUCACGGGUUUGGGAUUGGCAGCCAGACUCGGGGUAACCUCAGUGGAAAUUUGCAGCGACUCUCAGUUGAUAAUCGGGCAAGUGACGGGGGAAUUCGAAGCAAAGGACGGAAAGAUGGCUGCAUAUUUAAUGGAGGUCAAAAACUUGCAGAAGGGGUUCACUAAGUUUAAGAUAACUAAGGUCCCUCGAAAGGACAAUGAGCGAGCGGAUGCGCUGGCUAAGCUCGCAUCAGCCAACCCUAGACGACUGCGUCGCACAGCCAGUGUGCAAAUUCUGCGACAACCUAGCAUCCAACACGUAAUCGAUGUUAUGAAUGUAGAGAAUGAGGAAAGUUGGAUAGACCCGCUAUUUGAGUAUCUCACAAAGAAUAAAUUGCCAGAGGAUGCUCUCACAGCCAGAAGGCUAAAAGUUCGGGCAGCCUCAUUUGCCAUCAUCGAUGGGCAACUCUACAAGCGAGGCUUCACAAUGCCAUAUUUGAAGUGUUUGCGACCGAUAGAAGCACAGGAGGUGCUAGUCGAAGUACAUGCGGGAAUUUAUGGCAACCACCAAGGGGCGACUACCCUUGCGUUCAAAACGCUUCGACAAGGAUAUUAUUGGCCCAGUAUUAAGGAAGAUGCUAGAGAGUUGGUGAGAAAAUGCGAUGCAUGCCAACGCCAUGGAAAUCUGAUCCACAUUCCAGCCGAGCAGCAGACGGCAAUUUUCGGGGUGUGUCCCUUCUUCCAAUGGGGGACAGACAUCUUGGGACCUUUGCCCCUGUCAAAAGGACAAAGGAAGUUCUUGUUAGUUGCCGUCGACUACUUUACUAAGUGGGUGGAAGCUGAGCCCUUGGCCACCAUCACGACUGCAAAGAUACAGGGAUUUGUCUGGAAAAAUAUCAUAUGCAGGUUUGGUAUACCACGGGUAAUCAUUACAGAUAAUGGAAAACAAUUCGAUAAUCACAGUUUUAGAGCCUUCUGCACAACCUACCACAUCGACCACAGGCUGACUUCAGUUGCUCACCCGCAGGCAAAUGGGCAGGCUGAAGUGACCAACCGAACCAUACUGUGGGAUUUGAAGGCAAGGUUAGAAAAAGAAAAAGGACUUUGGGCUGAGGAGUUGCCCAAUGUACUAUGGGCAUAUCACACUACCCCCGAGAGUCGACCGGGGAGGCCCCAUUCAAACUGCCCUUUGGGAUGGAAGCCGUGGUUCCGGUUGAGAUCUUAA